UUUUUGUUAUUCAUUUCAUUUUUUAGGCGCAAUGAGUUCUUCAUCAUUGAAUCAACCCGGAUCUCCAGGCAUGCUGCGUCGUUCGAACAUGACUCAACAAGGAUCACCAGUUAUGUUGCAUCGUUCAAUGAGCAAUUCCGGUUUGAACAACUUGGCCCAUUCGUCGAGCUUCGUUCGCCGUAACAACGAUCGCGAUGGAAUGGGUACCAACGCCGGAGUCAGUCCGGGUGGCAGCAACGCCGCUUACCGCUCCUCAUUGGUCUCGCACUACGCCGAAGAUUUGGACAGACGUCGUCGCGCUGAACGAGCUGUCGAAGAGAUUCGUACCGAUGGAGUGCCAUCCGAUAACCUGAAGAUCGAAUCUGUUGAGCUGUUAUCACGAGACAACGCCCGAGAACAUCGCACUGAUCGCUACGAGAUGGUUUCCGAACACGGCCACGUCCGUGACAAACAUGGCUUCCAUGUCUUCGAUGUCGCCAAUGUUGUCGAUGGACUACGUUCAUCUUCUUCACCGUCGACUACCGUUCUCCGUCGUGGCCAGCCUUUCUUCAUGGCUAUCCGCAUGAAGGAUCGUAACUUUGAUCCACGCCGUGACAUCUUGCGGGCAUCGUUUACUUUUGGCCCCAAUCCUCAAGUGACCAAGGGAACCAAAGUCGUUUUGCCUUUCCGCAUGAAUCAGCGCGAAUUCAGCCGGGCCCCGCAAAAGUGGGACAUGCGUCUUCAUCAACAGGAGGGUUUCAACAUCACUUUCCAAGUUCACAUCCCCGCCAACGCGCUCGUCGGAUUAUGGCGAGUGAAUAUUGAAACGACGACAACGACGCCCGGUGCACGGGUCGACGAAUUCCGUUUCAAGGAUGACAUUUACAUCUUGUUCAACCCCUUCUGCCGAGACGACCCAGCACUCACCACCGCCCGAAAGGACGCCGUUGGGUCUACGGACAGUUCCAACGUUGCUUUGCCAGCUGCUCAGCUUUUGCUUGAACAGUCUGGUCUCAACCCGACCGAGAGAGGCAACCCUGUCCAAGUCGUCCGCGCCAUUGCUUCCAUCAUUAACGCCAACGAAGGCUUUGGAUUGUUGGAAGGCAAAUGGGAAGGCUCGUUCGAAGAUGGUGUUUGCCCGUGGGUGUGGACUGGAAGUAACAAAAUCUUCGAGCACUACUUGCGCAACGGAUCCAAGCCAGUCAAAUACGGACAAUGCUGGGUGUUUGCCGCCGUGGCCACUUCCAUCUUCCGCGCUUUGGGUAUUCCAUCUCGUCCCGUGACCAAUUUCGUUUCCGCACGUGAUACCAACCACACCCUGUCCGUCGACAAGUACUUUGACAUCUUUGGCGAUGAGAUGAAAGGUGGCCCAGAUGGCGACAAUCAAGAUGCCGUUUGGAACUUCCACGCUUGGACUGAAGUUUGGAUGUCACGGCCUGAUCUCCAAGCCAAUUGCAAUGGAUGGCAGGCUAAUGAUCCCACUCCCCCUCCUCAUUUCUGGCAGAAGAACACGGGAGUAGAUCAAAAGAGCCGUAGACCGUUGGUCGUUAAAGCUUUCCGUCGUAGACCCUCUUCGUGACUCUAGUGACGAAUGAUGACAAACUUAAAAUUGCAGCUGUGAGCCGAGGUCAACGCUGAAGUGAGUCACUUCCAGGAAGACGAGACUUCACACUGGGGAUACAGGAAAAUUCACGUCAACAACUACCAGUAACAUUUAAAA